AUGGGACCUUUAGAGAAACUACUCUGCUUUUUUUCGUUAGUCUUGUUUGUUACACCCUUUUCUUCAACCAUUAAAGUUGCUUCUGCUUCUGCUAAAGAAGCUAAUGCUCUCCUCACAUGGAAAACCAGCCUGCAAAGUGCAAACAAUUCACUGCUAACUUCAUGGGUCCUUUCACCCCGUGAUAAUAUAUGGCUCAACAAAUGCAAGUCCCUGCAAUUGUUGAAUGGCUCAAUUCCUCAAGAGAUAGGUCAGUUAAAGUCUCUAAUUGAGCUUGCUUUGUACACCAACAGUCUUUCCGGUCCCAUUCCUACUUCUUUAACCAAUUUGAGAAACUUGACUCAUUUAUAUCUUUAUCAAAAUGAUCUUUCUGGUUCCAUUCCUCCCGAAAUGGGAAACCUAUUCAACAAUUCCCUAUCCGGUUCCAUUCCCCAAGAGAUAGGACAGUUGAAAUCACUAAAGAGCCUAGCCUUUCAUACCAACAAUCUUACAGGCUCAAUCCCAACAUCUUUAGGUGAUUUGAGCUCUCUAGCCAAACUAGACCUUUGGAAUAAUCAACUCUCUGGUCCAAUUCCUAAGGAAUUAGGGAACUUGAAGUCCCUCAUUUAUCUGGAAUUGAGUUCAAAUCAACUUAGUGGUCCUAUUCCAACUUUUUUAGGUGAUUUGACCAGUUUAGAAAUUCUAAACCUCCGUUCCAACCGACUAUCCAACCGCAUUCCACAAGAAUUUAGCAAUUUGAAAAAAUUGGUUCAGCUAGUAAUGGAUGAAAAUCAAUUUUCUGGGAAUCUUCCAGAGCUUUGCCAAGGUGGUAAACUUCAAUACUUCACGGUGCACCACAAUCAGCUCACAGGUACAAUCCCUAAAAGUCUGAGAAACUGCUCAAGCUUAGCCACAGCCCGCUUUGAGGGAAACCAACUCAGUGGAAAAAUAUUUGAAGAUUUUGGCACUAAUCCAAACCUGGUCUACUUAGAUCUGAGUAACAAUAAUUUUUAUGGUGAAUUCUCAAAAAAUUGGGGAAUAUUCCCAAAUUUGACACUCCUAAAAAUAGCAAGAAAUAACAUCACUGGUAGCAUUCCACCAGGGUUUGGAAAGUCAACACAGCUAGAACGACUUGAUUUAUCUUCAAAUCGUUUAGUUGGGGAGAUCCCAAAGGAAUUAGGAAAGUUGACUUCUUUGGAGUGGCUGAUUUUGGCUGAUAAUCAGCUUUCGGGUUGGAUACCUCAAGAACUCAGAUCACUAACUAAGUUGUCGAAACUUGAUCUAUCCACAAACAAAUUUAGUGGGCCAAUACCAGGUAUUUUGGAGAAUUAUCGAAAUCUGUUUUACUUGAACCUGAGCAACAACAUGUUCAACCAGAAAAUUCCACCACAGAUUGGUAAGUUAUUUCAACUAACCGAGAUGGAUCUGAGUAGUAACAUUCUCAUUGGAGAAAUACCAUUAGAAAUCACAAAUUUGCAAAGCUUGGAGAAGUUGAACCUCUCGCACAAUAAACUCUUUGGUCUCAUUCCAAAGAGUUUUGAAGGUAUGCGUGGCUUGGCGUAUGUUGAUGUAUCGUACAACCAGUUGCAAGGUCCUAUUCCCAUGAGCAACGCCUUCAUCAAUGCAUCAAUAGAAGCAUUGCAAGGGAACAAAGGUCUGUGUGGAAAUGUCAAAGGCUUGCAGCCUUGCAAAAUUCCUUCUGCAAUGCACAAACACACUCUAGAAAAGGGGACACUUGUUCUUAUAAUCGUGCUCCCUCUUGGUGGAGCACUCUUACUGUUAGGUGCAUUCAUUGGACUUUUCAUCGUCUUCGAUUCAAGAAAGAGAAAGUCACAAGUUGAAAAGAGUGACACCCAAAACCCAAAUGAAGAUCUGUUAUCAAUAUCAGUACUCGAUGGAAGAGCAAUGUACAAUGACAUUGUAAAAGCUACCAAGGAUUUCGAUGCCACAUAUUGCAUUGGAAAAGGAGGAUACGGAACUGUCUACAAAGCGAAGUUACCAUCGACUAAUAUAGUAGCUGUGAAGAAACUUAAUCCGUUAUCCGAGAGGGCUGAUAGGAAAGAUUUCUUAAAUGAGGUAAGGGCAUUGACAGAAAUUAAGCAUCGAAACAUAGUGAAGCUUUUUGGGUUUUGUUCGCAUGCUCGAUACUCUUUUCUAGUUUAUGAGUACCUCGAAAGAGGUAGUUUGGCUGCAAUUUUCGACAAAGAUGAAGAAGCUAAAGAAUUGGAUUGGCCAAAGAGGGUGAAUAUUAUUAACGGUGUGGCCAAUGCUUUAUCAUACAUGCACCAUGAUUGCACACCGCCCAUUGUUCACCGAGACAUUUCCAGCAACAAUGUUUUAAUUGAUGAGGACUACGAGGCUCGUAUUUCGACUUUGGCACUGCCAAGCUUUUGAAGCUAGAUUCCUCUAACUGGAGUACAUUUGCAGGCACAUACGGAUAUGUUGCACCAGAGCUUGCUUACACAAUGAAGGUAACUGAAAAGUGUGAUGUUUAUAGCUUUGGUGUGUUGGCACUGGAAGUGAUCAAAGGAAAGCAUCCGGGAGACUUCAUCACCUCCUUGUUGACCCCAACUGUUGAGAACAUACAGCUAAAGGAUGUGUUGGACCAACGCCUUUCACCUCCCUCCCCUCAAGUUGAGGAGGUAGUGAUGCGUAGUGUAAAAUUGGCAAUUGCAUGUUUGCAUGUCAAUCCAGAAUCUAGGCCAACCAUGCACAUUGUUUCUCAAUUGCUAUCCACCUAAAAUAUUCCGUAGAGCCUCACCUAUGUGCAUAGAAUUACUGCCCAUAAAAAUGCACAGAAUUGAUCGCUUUCUAUUCUGCAUAUUUUUCCGUGCACUAAUUUUGUGCGCUUAGCAAGACUCAAGACUCAUAAACUUGUGCACUGAUAGUGCAAAGCUAUUUUGUUUAGUAUGGAUAUGUUAGAUAUUAGAUAAAACCCAAUCUUCUCUAUUACCUAACACAAUAUACUUUUUAUGCAGGGAGUUUUAUUGUAAAAAUAAAUAUUGAAGAGUGAAAAUCAAUAAAAUAAGAGGUGUAGCCUUGGGGUUUUUGUGCAGUGUGUGUAUGGUAGUAGCCGAACCACACACACAUGGUGUGGCUUAUCUCUUUAUUGUCAUCUUAUUUUUCUUGUUUUGUUCUGUUUUAUUUUAUUUUUAUUUUUUAUUUUUCUUGAAUAUAAACCUUGUAGCACCAAAAAAUGUUGGAUUCUUUUAUAUUGAUUUGAAAAGGCGAUGUUGGAAUGCUAUUUUCCAUUGAAUAAUUAUGUAUAAAUUGCCAAAAUGGUUCAAAUUUGAUGUCGGUGGUGGUGAGUUUGUGGUGGUGAUUCUAGGUUUGAUGGUGAUUUGAGAUUUGCUGAAUAGGGAGGGAGGUGGUGGUUGGAGGGGAAGGAGGUGUAAAGCGAUUAACAUGUUAGCAAGAGUCCAUGACAAGCUUGAUUCACUU